UAGAUUUUUUUUCCUAAUUUCUUUUUAUGGUUUAUUAGAGUUUCCUUAUUUAUGAUUGUAACUCGAUCUUCUAAUCAAGGUAAUUUUCAGUACGAUCCAAAAAUAGAGAGAACUUUGCGCAGGUUAAGAAAGGAAGCUCGGAGAAAUUUUGAAAAGAACAAUCUGGCUCUUGAUUCCCUAUUUGCUAUCUAUUCUGAAGAGGAGGAAGUCAUAGCUGGUGAAGAUCCUCACAAGCAUUUAAAGAAGCUUCAUGUGGUAUGCACGAGUAUAAAACCCACAGGGGUGACUGAAGAGCAAAUUAAAUUAAGAGCCUUUCCGUUUUCUUUGAAGGAUUCGGCUAAGGAUUGGCUCUAUUAUCUACCCUCCAGGACUAUUACCACAUGGAAUGAGAUGAAGAGGUUGUUUUUGGAGAAAUAUUUCCCAGCUUCAAGGGCGGCCAACAUUCAAAAAGAAAUUUAUGGUGUAAGGCAACACAACAGAGAGUCCUUACACGAAUACUGGGAACGUUUUAAGAAAUUAUGUGCAAGCUGCCCCCAUCAUCAAAUUAGUGAGCAGCUACUUAUCCAGUAUUUCUAUGAGGGCCUGCUACCCACUGAUAGGAGCAUGAUUGAUGCUGCUAGUGGAGGUGCUUUGGUGGAUAAAACUCUUGAGGUUGUAAGAAACUUGAUUGCAAAUAUGGCGGCUAAUUCUCAACAAUUUGGCACUAGGCUUAACCUUCCAUCUAAGCACGUUAAUGAGGUAAAUAUUUCCUCCCUUGAAUAACAAAUUGUGAGUCUAAUUUCUCUUGUUCGACAAAUGGCUGUAGGUAAUAUGCAAAUGGCGAAGGCUUGUGGGAUUUGUUCGGUAGUAGGGCAUCCAACCGAUAUGUGUCCAACUCUUCAGGAGGAGCCCAUUGAGCAAGUGAAUGUGGUGGGUGGUUUUCCUGGACAACCGCAAUGGAAGUAUGAUCCUUAUUCGAGCACGUAUAAUCUGGGAUGGAGGGAUCACCCCAAUCUUAACUAUACAUCAGCCCACGACUCAAAACCGCCCAAGUUGCCAACAAUAUAAGCAACCAUACCCCCCUAGACAACAACUGGGCCAAACUUCCAAUUUUGGUAUGUCUUUAGAAGAUAUUGUUAAGUCUCUUGCCACCAAUACUUUGCAAUUUCAACAAGAGACAAAACAAUUUCAACAACAGGCAAGGGCUAGUAUUCAAAGUUUGGACACUCAGAUAGGCCAAAUGGCAACCACAAUUAGUCAACUAGAGGCGCAAAGUUCAGGGAAAUUACCCUCUCAAACGGUAGUAAAUCCAAGAGAAAAUGCAAGUCCUAUUGUUUUGAGAAAUGGUAAAGAGGUUGAGAUUCUAGUAAAGGUAGCCCUUGCAUCAUCAAAGCAAGAAAAGGAGAAAAACGUUGUUGCAGAUAGGAAUGUUUCCAAUGACGAUGAUGUACCUAAGCGUGAGUUUCCACCUCUUUCUGAUUAUAAACCAGUACUUCCUUUGUCACGGCCCCAUUCCGCCCCUAGUAGAAUGGUGCCGUGAU